AUGGUUGAGUUCGUGAAUCACUACACGGUUCUGGGGUUACCUCCUAAUGGCGAAGACGAUGAUGGUGUGAAGAUCAACACGGAGCAGAUUCGAAAAGCUUAUUUGUGUAAGGCAUUGAAACUACAUCCUGAUAAAAACCGAGAUGAUCUUAAUAAUGCUCACGAGAGAUUUCGUAAGCUCAAGACUUCUUAUGAUAUUCUCAUCGAUCCAAAAUCUAAAGAGAUUUUUGAUAAUCUUCUCAGGGAAAAUAAGUUCGAGAGACAAAAUUCUUGGAAAGAUGAUCCCGACGUUUGGAACAAUAUUCCGGAAUAUGACAAGGAAUAA